UGUUCAAGAAAGAAACAAGUAUGUAUGUGGAACUACUUUUUAAGUUAACUUGAUAGUUUAGCUUAAGGCAUGAAGUGGUGGGUGGAGAACUUAAACACCGGCAAGUGUCAGAAAGUGACAUCUCACAAAACGGAAUGCCACUCAUCUUAUCUUGAUGUCUAUAUAAUCAAAAUCAAAAUUAGUCUUCACAUCUCAUUACUCUGUGCCAGCGUGACUCUCUUAACAUUAUUGGGGACCAUGCCAUAUAUGGAAUUUCUCCUAUAGAGACACAUGCAUGCUCAUUAACAUUAACAACUUAUAUACUCACUUCACGGGUUUGCUGUGUCACCAUUAAUCUCUCUCACUAAUCAUUCCCACUUUAGUAUAAAUAAAGUAAUUAAGGCCUAAUUAAGGGGUCCCAGCAAUUCAAAUUUAGAUAAAUAAUAAUAAGAACCUAGUACACACCCACCACCUUUAGCUUUGCAUCUCAACCAAUGCCACUACACUUUCAACAACACGUAGUCAAAAUAUCAAUACAAUACUUGCAAACAAAUUACAUCCUAAAGUUCCGAAAUUAAUACUCUUUUCUUUUCUUUUAUGCAAUUAUAUCUUUAACCUCAAUGUAAGGAUCAUGUAUGUAGAGAGACAGAGGGAUUGAGAGGGACAAAGAUCAUGGGAUGCUGUGGACAAACAAAAAGAAAAAUGCUGCCAAGAGAAACCAUUCACAAGGCCAGGGUUCUGCUUCAAAAAACACUCCGAAGCUUCAAGUCUUUAGUCUCUGGAGGGUAUCAAAAACUUCCCAGAUCACUUUCCUUGAAUCCCUUCCUCCGUCGCAGUGGCAAUAAUGCAAGAACUUAUUACUCCAGCGACCAGUUCUACAAUGAGUUCUAUGAUAUUCUGCAGUCUGAUCUCAACAGAAUACGGAUCAGGAAUGAUGACAUGAGCAUGAUCCGUUCAAGAGAACCACCCGCACCAGCAUCAGCAUCAGUAGUAGAAGAUGCUGCAAAAGUUGAAGAAGGAACAAGCAAGAAGCAAAGUCCAUUGAAGAAGAACAAAGGGGAGACUACUACUACUACUACUACUACUACUACUCUACCAUUGAAGAAUAAGAAGGUGAGUAGCAAUAAUAAUAAUAAUGAUGCUUUGGCAAAGAAGAUGAAGGAAUUGGAGAUGAUGGAUUCGGGUGAUGUUGAACACGUGCUGGACAUAGAAGAAGCUCUCCAUUACUAUUCUCGACUCACGAGUCCUGUUUAUUUGGACAUUGUUGAUAAGUUCUUCAUAGACAUGCACAAUGAGUUUAAUGUUCCAGUUCCACAACUUCCACACUCAUCUUCUGUCAGAAUCAAACGCUCAAAAUCCAAGGGAAGAUUUGGCUCCCUAUCUGGCUGUAGAUAGGUGUAAGAUCAUAUAUAUUAAGCUACGAAUGCUUUAAUUUGGUUGUUUUUUUUGUAUAUGAAAUCUCUUUUAAUUUGCUUGCUACCUGUGCCAUUGAGUUCGUUUCA